CGAUCGACGGUAGUCACCACAGAGACACCGUCACGGGCAGAGAGUGUGUGUCGCGCGCGCUGAAGGGAGCAAAUAAAAAAAAAAGAAAAAGUCUUCGCACAGAUUUGCUGCGGACACGGUAGUGCGCGGUUCCAGUAGGAAUUGACGGGCGGACGGAAUCUAGUUGGGAACAGCAGGCCGCGCCGAGAAGUGAAUCGGGUGUGAGGAGACGACGCCAAAAAGGAUCGCCCCAUUUUGAGGUCAAAAGUGCAGUCGACAAAAGAAGGGGAGUCAGCGCGAUAGAAAACGCGAACAAGGAAGAAGAGGAAUAUCUACGGCAGCGGGAGAAGAAGCAGACACAGUCAGUCGGUCCGAGCGAGAAGAAGAAACGGGGAGGAAGAGGAGGAAAAAAAUCAGUAGGCGCUCUAUCGCCAGACUCGUGAAACUCAAUUUUUCUUGUGGUGCUUGCUCGCUCACGCGCGUGCGAGUGUGAGUGAGACGGGACGUCGGCACAGCAUUCUCCUCGAGGCUUGUUUGUCAUAAAAGAAGCAGUCGGUGGUGGAGUGAGAGGAAGAAGAAGAAGAGGAGGAAGCAGUGGGAAAAGAAACUACGGCGACGACGAGGAGUAGUACAACCGUACGACGACGACACAGUCGUCGCGCCACAGAGUCACUGACAGCCACUGCGCGGAGUAGUAGUAGCAACACAGACACACAGAAAAGUCGAUCAUCGAGUAUUGACGGUGAAGAAGGCGAGUGAGAGAGUGUAAAAUUUUUCCAAUAGUGGUUGAGAAGUGGUCCAGAGCAGCGACUCGGGAAUAUUGUCUUCCAAGAUUUGACUAAUUGAGCACAAUUGUGAGUCGUUCCAGGGAACGAUUACAUGUUGCCGAGGAGCAGCAGCAGCAGAUCAAGCGAAAAGGAAAAUUGAUACGUGCAGACACGGAGUCAAUACAAGUACACGGAUACACACACAGACACGAACGCAGCGACAUUAGACAGGCAGCAUGGAAAGCGGAACAAAAUGAAGCCAUAACACCUACGAAGUUGACGCGAGUCGAACUCGGUUGCCAUCUGCUCGAGAAAACGGCCAAAACGGGUCGGUUCCGGUGCGGAACUGGUUCCGAAAAGCCGUGGAAACCAAGGGGAAGUUCCGAAAGUACCUGGGAACGGAUUCGGUCGGUCCCGAGGGGGUUGCCGGAUCAAAAUAUUUACAUAACAUCCUGAACACGGUGGAACACGGACUGCGGUCAGCCGAAUUGUGUGCGCGAGUGUGUGUGAAUAAGAGUGUUGGGAAGACUACGGAAAACUAAUAAGAAAAAAAAUCAACUGUGCGAAGCAAAGUGAAAAAAAGGUCGAGAUAAUCGCUGGAAAGUGCAAUCAGAAUUGUGUAAGCCAAUAUAGGAAGAAGACGACGGAAUUCCGAAUCCGGAUGAGUGGGCUCCAGCGAACCAGUUGUCUCCUUUUUUGCCUUAGUUUCCCUCUUUAUUUGGAUGCUGCUCGCGAGAGCCGCUGCCGUAUGCCCUUACAAUGCGAAAGCUAAGUGUCAACACGGGAGGAAUGUCCAGACAAUCUAAAUCGGCACCGCAAGCCAAGAAGGUGAUGCCCCCGGCUGUUCCGGACGUGUACGGAAGAACGAACGGAACGCAGCAGCAGCAGCAGGGUGGGGACGAGAUACAGGUUGCCGCAACGGCCCAACAGGAAACGCCUUCAUCGCUAAUGCUACGCUACGAUCAUACGGACUAUGCCGAUGAUCAGGGAAUUGAUCUCACGCAGUCGCCCGGCCGGGACAGUCCGAUUAGCUUGUCCGGAUCGGCUGGUUCCGGUUCGCGGCACUCGACUGCCAGCUUGGACUCGGGCCGGGCUUCGUCGUACCUGACGGGUGCGUCCACCUCUUCGAAUCGAAGCGGUAACGGAGGCUACGGAACGCUUUCGUCGCCGCGAUGUUCGGUCAGCUCGUGCUCGAUCGGAUCGGGGAACCACCGGUUGAGCAACCACUCGAACCGAACCGAUCACGACAUCAUCUCCGAAUGGCUGAUGGAGAUUCACUUCCACGAGUACACGUAUCUGUUCCUGGAAGCGGGGUACGAUCUGUCGACGAUCGCGCGAAUGACUCCGGAGGAUUUGACAGCGAUCGGCAUCAAGCAGCCGACGCACCGAGAAAGACUGAAGCGGCACAUUGACACGCUGAAGCUGCCGGAUGCGUUGCCGAACUACGUUCCGGGUUCGAUCGACGAGUGGUUGCGUCUGCUACGGCUUGAGGAGUACGUCCAGCCACUGCUAGCGCAGGGGUACGUAACGGUGAACGACGUUACGCAGCUUACGUGGGAAGAUCUGGAAGACAUCGGCAUCGUGAAGCUGGGUCACCAGAAGAAGAUCCUCCUGGCGAUCAAACGCGUCAAAGACAUCAUCAGCGGAAAGUUGGGCGGAGGAGGCCAAUACGCUACGGUCCCGUUGCCACAGGCUACAACAGCUGCCUUGCACUGUCAACCGACUGGCGUUCCGCUCCGCGGUCAGUUUGACGAAUCGCUCGAAGGUCACAAACAGCUGACCUACUCGACGUUCAUGCGACAACCCACGGAUCCCGGCGCGUACUACUGCCAACAACCGCCGGCCAUUUCAUACCCGCACGUUCACUUUGACGGCACGCAGGCCAUCUACCGCCGCAGUUCGUACGACGACAGCGACAUAACCCCGACGAACGAACUCGGCGACGCACAUCACCUGGCGCAGAUGCACCAGCAACAUCCGGCCCAGCACCAGCAGCCCUACUACCAGGGCGGCGGAACCCUGCCCCGGCAGCAUCAACGCAACAGCUACGGCGUCCGGUUAACCCUGUGCCAGAACCCGAUCGGUCCCGUCGGAACAACCCAACGGCAGCGACCCAUAGCGAAAAUUGUAGCCAAUAACCUUAAGCUGGCGCCCACCUCGGACGGUGGCCCAGCCCCUCCCUACCCGCAACUAGGCCACAUCGAGAACGUCGAAAUGGCCACGGCAGCGCUGGACGCUAUGCACUUCUCCAACUACGCUUCCUUCCCGCACCAUCCGCUUAAAUACAAUCCCGCGACGAGCCAACCUCCAACCUCCCAACAGCCCCAGCCAAUCUACCACAAUCAGAUCAUCCUCCAGCAGCAAGCCGCUGCGCAGCAACAGCAAGCCGCUGCGGCCGCCGCAUCCGCCCUCUACUCCAACUACGCCGGCCAAACGCACCAGACGACGGUCGAGAUCCACAAGACCCAGCACGACAACAAAAGCAACUCCAGCCUCGAGUCGAUCGACCAGAUCCCGUUCGCCAACGAGAACGCCGGCACGAUCAAGCAGCGCUCGAUGAACCGCAUGGUCGAUCACCCCGCGCUGCACGAGCGGCCCCCAACUGCCGCCACCAUGCUCUCCCACUCGUCGUCCUCGACGUCCUCCUCCUCGUCGACGGGUUCCAUCACGACCACCCUGGCCGGCUGCAUCCAGCAGCUGUCGCCGCCUCAGGAAUCCGCCGGCGGCGUUGCGCCCAAUCAAAAUUGCUCAAACAGUGCCAGCGGGCCGGGCUCGUGCAGCACGUCGCCGACGCAGGCCGCGGCCGCUGCGGUCGUCGGAACGAACGUCCUCAACGACAUCGGCAACAUGCUGGCGAACCUGACGGACGAGCUGGACGCGAUGCUCGAGGAGGAGAACCGAGCCGGUAUCAGCGAUAUAGAAUAAGGCACAACCCAGUGCACACACACACACAGACACGCAACACCUGCAGCAGCUGUUCAACUAUUUAAUGUCGAGAAAGGAGGAGAGAGGUAAAAACCCGAGAACCCGAACUUCAAUUGCCCGAGCGCCAAAAACCGGAAGCCACCGGGAGCGGAACCUAACCUAAUAAAAACACACACACAAGCCUCCACCAGCUCAUUAGAGAUCCGGAAUUCCAGCCCGAAACCCCCAACCCAGUCCGGUGGUGUUUGCAUCGAAAUCGAGUCGAAAUCUACUUAAAAGUCGUCCCGUCCCGUCGCCAGCGCCACCUAUGAUCGCCGGCCACCUACGCCGAAGAAGAAGCCUACUGGGCCCCAGAAGAGCGAGAGAAGGUUAAAGCAAUAAUUGAGUUAUAGGUAAAACGAUUUUGUGAGCGGCACGACGACGACGACGACGACUUCGUCGUCUACGGCCGAGGCGAAUAAUUCAAUCUGUGUGUUGGGUUGAGGUUAGGUUCGAGAAACUAUAACUAAGUUUUGACGGAGUUUUUUUUUUCUUUUUUCUCAAUCCGAGGAGGAUUCCGGACCCGGGUGGGUGGCGGCUGCGGCACGAUAAUGGAUUGAGAAAUCACACACAUGACCAGCCGAGAUGGUGAGGGUUAGGUUUCGUGCGUACGCACGCGGGUGUCAGUUGCAUUCUGCCACCUGGUGGCGCAAUUUGGGUUGAACGGGGGAUUUGUUUACUCCGGCUUUAACUUUCGUUUUAUGAACUGAAACAGACUGCAGACUAGGCGGUAGGCGAUGACGGCGACGCUUUUUUUUAUUUUAUCUAGUGCGGGAUUCUUCGGAAAGGCGCGAUCACGAUCGAGUAGCAGGCCAUGUUUUGGGAAAGGGGGGCGAUUGCUGUGUGGUUCUAUUUACAAAUCACACACCACGGCGCAUUUGCAUUUCAAACGAAAACGCACCGCCUGCUACGAGCGAGUUGUAAUGCUCGUCUUGACGAGAUCGGAUUGGAGGUGAGGAAAUCCAUGUCAGAAUUCACAAAAAAAACAUUUAAAAAAAAUGUCGAAAAAAUUAAAUCAUUACGUAACAACUGACUAACCCCUCGGUGUAACUGUCACUGAAGAAAUGUCAAAUUGUAUACACGCUCAUCCAGAAUAACUCCGCAUUAAUCAAAACUCAAAAUACUCAUAAAUAUUUUUUUUUGUACUGAUUUUCAGGAAAUUGGGUACUAAAGCCCUAUGUCAUUUUUUUCUGUACAACGGUAAAAAACACGAUUAACACUCAAACGCUCGGGUAGUCAUUUGACCCCUAUUUUUUUUCUUAAAAAUCUCAUAACUUUUGAUAGAAUUGACCAAUUUGGAUGCUUCCGGGUGCAAAAGAUCCAGAUUUGUCUAUAUUUUCAACUGUCAGACGGAGGACAAAUGUGGUCCAUUUUUACCGGAGAUAUUCCGGAUUCUGUUGGGGUACCUCGGCCCUCCUAAAUGGAUAUUUGGCCAAUAUAAUAAAAACUUUUCAACAGAAUAAAAUCGGAAAUGAUGCAAAACUUCAAGGAAUCAUCCUAAAACAUCAUCCUGCAUAGAUACAUGACAAGCUGAAGACCUUCGGGCACCGGAACAGGUUCUAUCCGGAAACGGUUCACUGAGCUGAUGUCAAUUGUUGCCCAACUGGAACCGGCUCCGCUGCCCCGUAGGACUUAACCAUGUCAAUUAUUUUUGCAGGAUGAUGUAUUAGGAUGAUGCCUUGUAGUUUUGCAUCAUUUCCGAAAUUUUUCUGUUGAAAAGUUUUUAUUAUAUUGGCCAAAUACCCAUAUAGGAGGGCCGAGGUACCCCAACAGAAUCCGGAAUAUCUCCGGUAAAAAUGGACCACAUUUGUCCCCCAUCUGGCAGUUCAAAAUAUAGACAAAUCUGGAUCUUUUGCAACCGAAAGCAUCCAAAUUGAUCAAUUCUAUCAAAAGUUAUGGGAUUUCUAAGACAAAAAAUAGGGGUCAAAUGACUACCUGAGCGUUUGAGUGUUAAAAACCAUUUCUGAUCACUCUUUUUCAUUUUAAUGCAAAAAAAUAUUGACAAGACAACAUUUUUUCGAUGGAUCAACUAUGGUCCCCAUGGAAAUUUAUUUAAAUAUCCAUUUUAAACUCUUUGUGGUCGUACAAAGGAUCAUUGUACUCAGAAUAAUAUGCUUUAUCGCUGUAAUCUAUAAUAUCAGCAAUCUAAGCUUCAUAUUAGGACCCAAUUUCACUAAAAUUCAAUUGAAUUUGACGAAAAUUUUCCAUGAUUUAAAAAAAAAAAACACUUGUACAAGUGAAUUUCACUCAAAUUUUAAGUAAAUAUCAUUCAGAUUCGACUAUUUGAAAUGGGCUUCGAAACAUUUAUAAACAAAGAUUUUUUGGGCUAGCCUAACUAAAAUUUGAUUAUUGAAAUAUCAAGUCUAUUAUAACACAAGUUUUUACUGAAAUUUCACUCAAAUUAGGUUAAUUAAGCUGUAAUUUUACUAGAACGAAAGCAUAACGUAAUCCGAAAAAAAAUCUUUCGUUCAAAACGUCAAAGUUGAACAGAUGUCACACUCUCAAUUUAAUUCACUCAGUUUUGUCAGUAAUUUAGGGAAUAAGGCUUUCUAGGCCCAGUGAAAAAAAUAUAAUUUAACUCAAAAAUGACGAACUCCUCGUCACAGUGUCCUGAUGCAAACAAUGAUCGAACUGUAGCUGUCACAGCCCUGCGAAGUAUGUUGUCUGACAUAUCGGGCAGCCAGUCAAAAAAACCAGCUAGAUGUCGCCUGACAAAAAACUUUUGCUAGAAAGAGAUAGGAAACCUGAUGCAAACAAACGUCCAGCUGUCAUGUAAACAUACUUUGAAUCUGUUGGUAAAUUUGUGACUAGAAAGCCUUAUAGGACUGUUUACAAGUGAAUUUCACUUGGAAUGAAAUUUGCCUCAUUUACUCAGUUUGAGUAGUUUUAUUUGAUGACAACUGAAAAAAGUCAACAUUUUGAUUUCAUUUGAACUUUGAGUGAAAGAAAAAUAAAAUAAACAGACUAAUUCAACCAUUACAUAAACUUAGAAAAAAAAAUGCUUUGAACUGAUUUUUGGAUGAAUUUUAAUCAAAUUUUAGUGAAAUUAAAUUUUAUAAAUUAUUAUUUCAAGUCAAGCGUACACAACUUGUAAAGAUAUUAUUUUUUAUUUUUACUAUUUGUUUGUGUUUUCUUUAUAAACUCGUGGUGUGAGAAGCUUUGGCUGAUUUCGUUUCUCAAGCUUUGCUUAAAUUUCAUUCAAAUUUGGGUACACUUAUUAAUUAUUUUGAACAAAAUUUACCUGAUUUCACUCAAAUGUGAAAUUAAAUAGAGUAAUCUACGUGCGCAUGUAUUGCGUGUACGUACACGAAAAAGAUUGAGGUUAAAUUUUGUCCGGACAGCAAAAUCAAAUGGUGCGCUAGUGUGUGUACGCGAAACGUCAUCAAGCUCUAUUGACCCCAAAAAAAGAAGACAAGAUUGUUUCAACCACACGCUCAUUUAAAAUAAAUCAUUUCUGAGUAAUUUUUACUCAAAUUUCAACCAAACCGAAACCUUCGCUGGGUGAAUUUCACUCAAAAUUACGGUUUUGUAUGAUUUUUUUUUUGCAAAAAAAUAUUCUUAAAUACAUUCGGUUUUGACCAAAUCUAAGUGAGAAUUACUCAGAUAUGAAUUAAUUCAAAUGAGCGUGCAAUCUGCCUUGCAUUUUUUUUUCAUAAAAUUGUGUUGAAAAUUUAAUCAAAAUUUAAGUCUACUUUUGCUCACUUUGAAUAAAGUUGAUUUUAUUUUGUUUAUAGAAAUCUUCUUAGAGUCGAGUAAAACUAACCAACAUUACUCAUAAAUAAGCUUAGAAAGAUUUCUUUAUCCCAAUUUUGGUUAGAAUAUCUCGAUAACAUUUGAACAAGUUUUUCGAACAUUUGAACAAGAUUUUCUGAAAUUCAAAUGAAAUUUGAUCAGACUUGAGCUCAACCAUUCUUAGCCAUAUGCUUUGGAAGACUUAUAUUCAAUGAUUUUUGCAAUUGAUUAUACUCAAAAUUUAAGUUUUAUGAGUAAAACUCACUCAUUCUCAAUCGAAUAUACAUUGCCGAAUUGUAAUCACUGUGAUCUGAGUGUAAUUUACUCAGCUUACGGAGAUUUUUAAAAAGAGAUUCUUCAAAUUAGACACGAAUAAGGGUACAUUUUCAAUAUUUUUUAUUUGAGAAAAAUUGACUUCAUUUAUUAAGGAUUUUUUUGAGCUUAGAAUGAUUUUUUUCUCUUAUUUUGUUUUUUUUUUUAAUUUUUGAAAGAGGUUUUAGUAUUUUUUUUAAUGAAUUUUACUCAGACUAGAGUUCUUUUUUUCUCAUCAAAAGGCUUUGUAAGAUUUUUAUUCAAUGAUUUUUAAUGUAGAUUUGACACAAAUUUAGGUGAAAAAAGUUAUAACUAAGUCAUUCUUUCAAGACAAAGCCUUGACGAAUUUGAAUAUAUUUUUGUUGAUUUCUUGAUAAAUAUAACCCAGAGAUUAAAAUUACACUCAGAUAAAUUUCCAAGGACUUUUUGUUUAAUUGAAUUAAAUUCAAUAAAAAUAUUGUAAAUAAGCCAAUGUGUAUUUAUAAACAUAGAAUGCUCAUUCUGAUUGCAAAAAAUCACAGAGGGAUCUUUCAACGACGAAAAUUCACUAAAAAUUCAAAGUAAAAAAAGUCUAACUUCCUCAAACGUGGUGGAAUUCAGAAAAAAAAUUGUAAACAAAUUUCAGAAAUCACAUGAUUUUAAAACAAUCUGAUAAAAAUGAAUCGAAAAUUAUUUAUUCGCUAAUUGUUGUGUAAGAAAUAAGCUUUGUGUGAAUUUCACUCAAAUUUGAGACAAAUUUUAUAAUAUUCAGGAAACUUUUUUUUCUGUGGAAUUUAAUAAAAUUACAAGGAUCUGUCAAUGACUUUCAGGCAAAUUCACAAAAAAUCUAGUAAAAUUUACCUAAAUGCGGGUGAACUUCAGCUAAAAAUAAAUAUUUCGAAAACAAACUUCAGAGAUCGCAUGAUUUUCAAACAAUCUGAUAAAAAGAAACGAAAGUGAUUUAUUUUGGGUGACCGUGUACCAAUUUGAUGAUCUGUCAAAAUUUAAUCACAAAGGCACCGAGGGGUAGUCAUUAGUUUGAAAAUUGUGAUAUUUUUUUUUUGAUUCAAAAUAAUUUUUUCAAACGUGUUGCCUCUUCCUUGAUAUUUUUGAGUGUUGCCAGUUUCAAUGUUUUCAAACAAAAAAGUUUUCUUCUUCGUAAACUGUCAAAUUUGUGUCAACAGAAACACUUCAAAAUGGUAUUUUACAAACAUCUCUCACCAUAAAAUCCCUUUUAUUGUGAAUUUCGGCAUGGAACCGCCCUCCGAUUACCGAGAAGCGCGCGCGCGCACGCUCAUCUCCCCAAAUUUACGACUGUCAUAAAAAAGUAAACAGAGCAAAGUUGAGGUGCGACUUUUCGCGUGACAUUUGGAAGAUCUCAACGCGCGUUUCGUCGCAGGGUGGGUCGCCUUAUGUUGGCUGGCGCCUAGCUAGAGUGGUCAACGGUGUGGCGAUCUACCCUCUGACGCCUACUUUGUUUACAACCGGGUUGGCGCCAAUCACGAAACGUCGCCGUCAUCGCUUGCCUAGGGGUUAGUCAAUUUUGGGGCAGCUGGAUGAUGAUUUUUAAAUUUAAUUGGAACUAAUCAAAACGAGAUGGUGUGAUUUAUUUAUUUACUUAAAAAAGGUUAUUUUCAUAUUGCAUUUUUUUUUAUAAUUUCAACUCCCAGGCAGUUUAUCGUGUACAGAAACCGUCGUAUAGCAGAGAGUCGUCCUAUAUUAUAGUUGUGUAUGUUUAAGUGAGUUACUUUCCUGAUGUGUAUCCUAACGAAUAGAGCAACAACAAAUCGAAACAUUAAUCCAACCAAGUGUACUACGAGAUCAAACGUGUUUAGCUGAAAUAAAAAAAAAAACAAACUAUAGUGGAUUUGUCUAACAUGAAAACAAACUAGGUAGCGCAAAACAGGGGACAAACUUUCCAAUUAUGAUGUAAACACAGUCGACAAAAAGUAUCAGUUCAGACCAUUCCUAAAGUAAACAAAACAAAUACAUACAUUUACACAGCAGAAGAGAAGAAGAAGAAGUUUUCGCAAGCCGCAAAACGGAUGUAAACCUUUCCAUAUUUUAUAGAAAAGAAGAAGAAGAAAAAACACGCAAAACGCAUUUAAAAACAAUCCAUUUAUACCGAAGUGUGAAGGCACGAAACGAAUCAUCCACAUAAACACCAGUUUAGUACCAGAAUUUAUGAACCGAAGCAUUUCCAUAAAAACAAAACAAAACUACUAAUAUUAAUAGAAGGUGAAGAAAACACACACACGUCAUAUAUUUUUAAAUGCAAACGCGUUGAAGAUUUUUCCGAACUCUUCCGCUUGAAAAGCAACGCAAACAGCAAGCCAUGAAGUUCUGACGCAUUACACUAUUCCCGUUUAUUUACAAACAAAUCCCCGUCAUCGCCGUCCAGACGAAGCGAAGAAGAAGCAAAAAGGUCGUAAACGACACCGCGCUCGAUUUCCCGUACACCGGGGGGCCGCUCGACGGCAGUUAAAAUCUGGAUGAGUUAAUCGUUUCCAUUUGUCUGACAGCUAGGCUGGAAGAGGAAAGCAAAACAACAACAACAAAAAAAAUAUGGCGCACGUGGCGGAAGAAAAUAGAUUUUUUCCCCCAGCAAAGUGCAACCAUAUGUGCGAUGGAGAGACGAUUUCAAGCGUAACAUUUUAAAAAGGGCAAAUUUUGAUAAGUAAACAAACCCGGUCUGCCUGCGGUAGGUGACGUUUACGUCAAUAAAUAAACAAAAUUCAAUGUUUGUUUACAUUUUGCUGUUGGCCCUUUUGAAAUGUUUCGCUUGAUUUUUUCUUAACUCACAUCCGAGAAUAGAUUCCCCGACCACAAAUCGGAUGCAGGUCAUUUCGGAACAUCAAUUCGUCUCGUGACGAACGAGAACGGGCCAUAUGUGUGGCAUUUGGCGUUUUGUUUUUUUUUCUUUUCUGAAAGAGUUUGAGAUUUUUGAGAACCGACGAAAAGUUGGCAAUAAAACGGGGUGUCGGAUGAUCGCACAGGCCAGGUUGGCCAAUCCCAACCCAAAGUAGGCCGCGCUGAAAUGGGAUGUUUUGAUUUUCCGAAGAGGUUUCGACGAUUCUCGAAAUGUUCACCUCGUUUGUUACGCGAGGAGUUUUGAAAACAUUGUGUUGAAUUAACGAUCGUGAUGAAAUUUUACUCUUGUAAAAUUAGCGAUUUUAUUGCAUUUCGUAACCCCUCGUCGAAUUGGCAACACUGAUUUCGUCAAACGUCACUUUUCACAGUUUACAAGGGGUGCGUCACUCUUAGCUACAAAACAUGUUUUUUUUAGAAAAUGUCAAAUUUCGAUGAACUUCACGCAAAUUUCCGUAGAAAUUGAGUAAAUUUCAACUAGUAAACAAGUUUUCCAACUCCAGCCACACGUGUGCGUCCAGCGGGAAAUCGAUAAACAUCCGCGAUCUUCGAUGAAGCGUCAAACGUGCUGCGCGCGUGUUCCAGAUAAUAAAACAAACGCAAUACAACAACAUCAGAAAAGUCAUCUGGAAUAUAAACGGGACUGGGAAAUUACCUCCCCCCUAAAUAGCAUUUGUUUGCCACAUCUGGACGGCCUCCGGUUUCUGGUGAGCGAAAUCGAGUAAAGCGAUGGGCUUGGAAAAAGGCGACGGAAUUGUGAGCUGUCAAAAUUGGCUGCGUUGCGCAAACGUCAGAUUUGACUAAAUUUCACUCAGAUUUGGGUGAAUUAUACUCAAUUUGUGUUGAAUUCACCAAAAUCUGUGAUUUUGGAGGUGAUCGUAAUUUGACUCAAAAUUGACAAAUAACAUCAGUAUUCAUUUCUGAGUAACUUUGAUUUUUUCGAAAUCUGAGUUGUUUUGGGUUCCUAACGCAGCCAUUUUUGACGGUUCGUGCACCCCAAUUUCAAACACACAAAAACAUUCACGAUACGUCCAUACUCUCUCUCACACAGACACGCAACAAAAACACAAGAAAUAAACAAUCCAUCGCGAAAACGGUAACGCAGCCACCAAGUGACUGUGACAGAUUUCAAUCAUGGCGGCUUCAAACGCGCGACUUUUAUUUUAUAGCAAAUCUCUUAUACAAAACACACACCUUGAUAUAAAGGAACCGGAUGCAUUUUUUUAAACCGUAUGUACUAUAGCUGCCUUGCCAACUCAUAUAAAACUGAAAACAGACCUAACCUUUUAAAAUAGCUGAAUAAAAACAAUAGAUCAAGUGGCAUCGCUGCGAGGUUAGAGCAUUAUAGGUUUUUCCUUUUGUGCGAACAAACAAUACAUUUCAAUUUAAAAGCAAUUGCGAAGCAAGGAAUCAAAACACUUGUGACGGACUUGUCGGAUUCGAUGUAAUUUGUAGGAAAAAUGAAAAUAACGAAAUAAAUCAAAAAAACUAUGCAUGGUUUAACGUGUUUGACAGCCGCAGCAGCAGCAACAGGCAACUCCAUUAGUGUUAGUUAGUUUAGUUUUUGUUCGUUGUUGUAUACAAAUCUUCCCUUUUUAGAUGUGUGAAGGGAACCAAAACACAAACACAAAAUACCUUACUCUGUGUACUUCUAAACUCCCUAUAUUGGACAUUUGCAACACAAAAAAUGUACUUUCUAUCGCUGUCAAAGUCCCGUUCUAUCUUAAGAGGCGUUUGUUUUAAUUCCGUUCGUUUUUUUAGAAAAGAAAAUAAACAGCGCAGAUUAACGUUUGAGAUCGCACCUUGCAGUGUCGCGCCCCUCGCGUUUGACAGUUGAGCGCGCGAUCUUUUGCGUUGGUCUGCAGCAAAACGUAAACAAAACAAAAAAAAAAGUUGAAAAAUCUCAAAACAAUUACCUAGAGUACCUUUUUGCGCGCAGCAAAAUGCAACCAACAACAACAGAAACAGUCCAUAAAUGAUUUUUUUUAGAAACAAAACAAAUAAAAAAUAACUAAACAGAACCGAAAAAAAAAACGCAAACCGAACAGACUGGGAAGUGAUUUUUAAGAAGAAAAAUAGUACACGAACGCAUAAAACCAAACAACCUUUAGAGAAAAUAACAAAAAAUACAGACAGAAACACUUAAACGCAUGUAGAGAGAGAAUAAAAGAACUGGUGAAACAUUGUCGAAGAAGUAAACAAAAACAAAACAAACAAAAAUGUGUGCGGACAAUUGUGCGCGGACACGUGUUUUUGUAGGCAUUUAUUGAUGCGAACGAAAUGGAAACAAUAGGUGAGUAACCAAAAGGCAAACACAAUAAGUGGAGAAGAAAUUACAGAAAAAAAGAGGUGUAACAUUAAAUGGGAGAACAAACAAAAAUUAGCGGAAAUUUAUUAAAAUAACAAUAAAAAAACAACAAGUACACACAACCUUAACCUAUAUAAAUGGAAGUAACAGUAACGAAAAAGCUAAUCAGAGCUGAUUAUA